AGGCACCACCGCACCAGAGCUAUAUCCUUCGGUUAACUAGAGGUGUUUUUUUUGCUCUUUCUAUCGAAGGUUAAACAUGUCUGCUAAAUGGAGAGCAUUGCAGCACCGCCACCGUUACACGUACAGCUAUGUUGUUUUUCCUCAAGAUUUCACAUCGGCAUUGGAUCAAACACCAUCCUCUCGCUUCUUCUCCGAACUGAAACAUAUGGCGUCCUUAACUUCCACAUAUUCUCAACUCACCCAUGCCAAGAAUGUGGCUGCAGCCUUUUCCGACUUGUUAUCUGAUGGCUAUGCAGACGAGGGCUCAAUCUGUUUGGCUUCGAGGUUCUACUUGGAGAUUCUUUUUUUGGAGAAUUCCCUUCCCCUGCACAAAGCUUUGAUUUCUGUUCUAUCUAAAUGCAAAAACUUUAAAGCUCUAGUCCAAAACAGCUUCCGAGAUUUGUGCAAUGAGUAUGGAGGUGUGAAUGGUAAAGGGAAGAGGUUUUGUGUUUCACGAGCUGCUUUGUCCAUGAUGAGCACUCCAAAGCUGGGGUACAUGGUCGAGAUUGUUGAAGAAUGGGCUGUUUUUGUGGCUAUGGAUGUGGUAUCCGGGUUGAGUUAUAUAGUGUCUCAGACCAGUGAGUGGUCUAGGCCUUCACCCCUUGUCAUGGAACAGUGUCAAGAGGCUCUCUCAUGUUUGUACUACUUGCUUCAGCGGUUUCCUGCAAAAAUCAUUGAUGGAGAUUUCAGUCAAGACCUCCUACUUUGCAAAAGACCAAGUCUUCUUGAGACUAUCAUGACUACUGUUACAAGCGUCUUGAGUUCAGAAGAUUUUUCCCGGGAUUGUCUUGUGGCAGCUGGGGUCUGCCUUUGUGCUGCUCUGCAGGUGUGUCUUUUCCAUGUAGAUCUUGGUUCCUUUAUAAUGGAAGGAGUCUUUAACCAUAUGUCCGUUUCAUGCCCAAAGUUUGAGUUAAAGGAUGUGACCAAAACGAUUCCUUGGAAAUCACCAUUGUUUUCUAAAAUCCAAACAUUAUCUCCACUGAGUAGGCUCUGUUUAAUAAGAGGGAUUUUAACAGCAGUUUCAAGAACAGUUCUGAAUACCCUUUUUAUAGUAUCAAAUGAUGGUUGUGAUGAUACCAGUGGUUCUGGAGGUAAUGACAGCUCAGUUAAGACAAUUAUUUAUGAUGAAAUUCUUCCCGAGCUAUGUCAUUUAUGCGAGAAUCCAAGUGAUAGCCAUUUUAAUUUCCAUGCAUUGACGGUGAUGCAAAUAUGUUUGCAGCAGAUAAAAACAUUAAUGCAGGGAACUGAUGGAUAUGUUGAGGAAUGCAAUGAUUCAUUCUCAGAGGAGAUUGGAACAAGGAUAUUGAAAAUUUUGUGGAAUAAUCUGGAAGAUCCUUUAAGUCAAACUGUCAAACAGGUUAACCUUAUAUUUGAACUUCUCUUAGAUAUUCAGAUAUCCCUUCACUGGGCAGGGGGAAGUCAGAAAUUUUCUUCGUUCUUAAGGAAAAUUUCCUCUGAUCUUCUUCACUUAGGACCACGCUGCAAGGGACGAUAUGUUCCAUUAGCCUCCCUUACUAAGAGAUUGGGGGCAAAGAAUAUUUUAGAUAUGAGCCCUGACUUGUUAUUUGAUACGACAAUGGCAUAUCUGGAUGAUGAUGUGUGUUGUGCUGCAACAACAUUCCUGAAGUGUUUCCUUGAGUGCUUACGUGAUGAGUAUUGGAGUAGUGAUGGUGUUGCAGGCGGGUAUGUGAAAUACAGAACUCAAUGCUUGCCUCCAAUAUUGUCUGGACUAUCUUCUGGAUUGGCCAGGUUGCGUUCUAAUUUGAAUACAUAUGCUUUACCUGCUUUACUUGAACUGGAUGUUGAUAGUAUAUUUCCAAUGCUUGGUUUUAUUGGCAUUGGAUGCAGUGGAGAGAGCACAGAAGUUUUGCAUUCCAGGUUAGGUUCUAAGGAUAUGGUUCUGGGAGUUGAACAGCAAGUGGCUGUUUUGGUUUCACUGCUCAAGGUUUCUCGUAUGCUUGCAUUAAUUGAAGGAGACAUUGAUUGGCCUGAAUAUUCUUCAUUGGCUUUAGAAAAAAAGGAGCUGAGUGUUGACACUGGUGUUCUUGACUCUGUUGUCCGCAUAAAGGGGAUUGAGGUUAACAUUCCAGUUAAUUAUUUUGUAUUAGCACUUACACAUAUUGAUGACUCACUUCGCAUGGAUGCAGCAGAAUCUUUAUUCUUAAAUCCAAAAACUGCCAGUUUACCAUCGCCUUUAGAACUGAGUUUGAUGAGAAAAGCAGUGCCAUUGAACAUGAGGAGCUGCUCUACCGCCUUUCAGAUGAAGUGGAGUAGCUUGUUCAGGAAAUUCUUUUCACGGGUUCGGAUUUCGUUGGAAAGGCUAAUUAAAUUGGGCACCUGGAAACCUACAGUGUGUAAAGGUUUGAUUGUUGGACCACUUAAUGGAGAAUCAGAGCAAACCUCCAAACACAGAGCAGCAGCUCUUUUUAAUUUUAUGAAGUGGUUGAGUUGCUUUUUGUUUUCUUCAUGUUACCCAUCUGCUCCCUAUGAGAGAAAGAUAAUGGCAAUGGAGCUAAUGUUGAUAAUGUUGAAUGUUUGGUGUGUUAUACCUCCUCCCCAAGGAAAGUCUGAUUCGUACACUUCUGAAAUCAGUCUAUAUCCUUACCAUAAGGAAUUAGUCUUACCUAAAUCAACUUUGCUUCUUGUUGGAUCAAUUGUUGAUAGUUGGGACCGGCUCAGGGAGACUUCUUUAAGAAUACUGCUGCAUUUUCCUACACCGGUUCCUGGAAUUGGCACUCCAGAAUUGGUAUACAAAGCAAUUUUAUGGGCCAAGAAGCUUGUUUCUAGCGCACGUGUGAGAGAAAGUGAUGCAGGUGCUCUGACUUUCCGGCUCAUAUUCAGGAAAUAUGUUGUGGAACUUGGUUGGCUUGUUAAGCCUUCAUGUAAUGUUGUUGCACAGUCUUCUUCCGAGCUGUCAAAUGGGGAGAAUCCAGAGUUUGAAUCAAGCAGUCCUGCGAUAGAAUACAUAAGUUCACUUAUUGAUUGGUUGUGUGCUUCUGUUGAAGAGGGGGAGAAGGAUCUUUUUGAAGCAUGCAAGAAUAGCUUCGUUCAUGGCAUACUGCUUACUCUUCGAUAUGCGUUUGAGGAAUUUGAUUGGGGUUCCAUUGCUGGUGUUUCCAAUAUCUCUAACAUGAAACUUCUAGUGGAGAGGAUCUUGGCUCUCGUUGUGCGAAUAACAUCUUUGGCCCUGUGGGUAGUUGCAGCAGAUGCAUUGUACUUACCAGAUGAAAUGGAUGAGAUGGAUGUUGAUGGUGCACAUUUUGCAGAGAGACUGACUGAGACAGAUGGGACUACCUCAACAGCAGCUGAUGAGAUGAAAACUACUCAAGCUGAGCAAGAUGAUGGGCCUAUUGAUCAGAUAGUUAUGGUUGGUUGCUGGCUUGCAAUGAAAGAGGUUAGUCUUCUUUUGGGAACAAUAAUAAGAAAGGUUCCUUUGCCCGCCUAUGAUGUACCAAACUCUAGUCUCUUAAAUGGUGAUGGUGCUGAGCAUUUGUCAUCUUAUACGGCCGUUGACCUGAAUCAACUUGAGAUAAUUGGCAACCAUUUCUUAGAAGUCCUUUUGAAAAUGAAGCAUAAUGGUGCUAUUGAUAAGACGAGGGCAGGAUUUACUGCCCUUUGCAACCGACUGCUGUGUUCAGAUGAUCCAAGGCUAUGUAAACUGACAGAAUCUUGGAUGGAGCACCUCAUGGAGAGAACGGUUGCCAAAGGGCAAACAGUGGAUGCCCUUGUUCGUAGAAGUGCUGGUAUUCCUGCUGCAUUUACUGCAUUUUUCUUGUCAGAGCCCGAGGGUGCACCAAAAAAGCUUUUACCCAAGGCAUUGAGAUGGCUAAUAAAUGUAGCUAAGAGCUCUUUAACAGAUGUAAUUAAAACAAAUACAUCAGAUUCUAAUUCUAGUUUGUCCAUUGGGUCAACACUAGUACCUAAUGGGGCUGUGGUGGAAAUGAUUUCAAAAAGUAGGAAUGAGGGUGUUGUUCCUACCGUGCACUCUUUCAAUGUCCUUAGAGCUGCGUUCAAUGAUGCCAACCUGUCAACUGAUACAUCCGGUUUUGCCGCAGAUGCAGUAAUUGUCUCAAUUCAAUCUUUUUCUUCUCCAUAUUGGGAAGUGCGAAACAGUGCCUGCCUUGCAUAUGCUGCUCUUGUUCGGCGAAUGAUUGGGUUUCUCAAUGUGCAGAAACGUGAGUCUGCUAGGCGUGCCCUUACAGGACUUGAAUUUUUCCAUAGGUACCCCACAUUGCACAGUUUCUUAUUUAAUGAACUUAAAAUUGCAACUGAAUUGCUUUUGGAUGGGUCUGCUGAAAAUCUAUCAUCCAGCCAGGCAAAAGUAGUGCACCCCAGUUUAUGCCCUAUACUGAUUCUUUUAUCUCGGCUCAAAGCUUCUGCAAUCACAUCUGAAACUCGUGAUGCGUUGGACCCUUUCUUAUUCAUGCCAUUCAUCAGAAAGUGCUCUGUCCAAAACAAUCUUCGGAUCCGGGUUCUUGCAUCUAGAGCUCUGACUGGUAUUGUGUCUAAUGAAAAAUUGCAAAUUGUUGUCUUAAAUAUUGCCUCUGAAUUGCCUCCUAUAGACAACCAGAGCUUGACAUCUGAUUCGUCUAGAUUUUCCUACUUGAACGCUUCUGUCAAUUCAGUUCAUGGAAUGCUUUUACAGCUGAGCUCUCUUCUGGAUGCUAACUGUAGAAACCUGGCUGAUUUCUUUAAGAAGGAAGCUAUUCUUAGUAGCUUGAUUCAUGUUCUUGAUAAGAAAUCAUGGAUUGGAAGUCCCCAAAGGUGUUCUUGUCCAAUUCUUAACUGCAGCUUUUUGAAGGUUCUCGAUAACAUGCUCAGUAUUGCUAGAACAUGUCAAAUGAGCAAAUGUGUUAGUGUCAUUUGGAACCUACUGUGGAUCUUAUCAGCAGAAUGCUUAGAUCUAGACUCUUUUAAAGGGCCAUCAUACUUUGAUCCAACAAUUACAGAACUUCGCAGACAAGCUGCAAGUUCGUAUUUCAAUUGUGCUCAUCAUACUUCUAAAGUAAAUGAAGACUUGAUGCCUUUGAUGAAAGGUCCUCCACCUGAUUCAGAAUUUUUCAAGAGCUCUCAAAUGCAAACAUCUGUAGCCAGAUUCCAGGAAAGAUUUAUUCGAUCCAUUUCUGAUGGAUCGUAUGAAGUUCGAAUUGCAACACUUAAGUGGCUUCUUCUUUUCCUGAACACCCCAGACUCGAAUUCCGGGAGCAGCGAUAGAUCCUACAGCGAGAUGAAAAUGCUUUGGUUGAGCAAUAUUGAUCUCCAGGCUAUGUUAAUGAAGCUGUUGGAUGUGGAGAAGAAUCAUAAAUGUUUGAACUGUAUUUUAAAGAUUAUCUACACUUUCAACAUGCAGGAAUAUCAUAAAAAUAGUCAACAAGAUAUGAAACCAAGUUUUGUUGGGAGUAUGGAUAAUGAUUCAGUCCUUCAGUUUUGGGACAAGGUGUUAUCCUUGUACAAUGUCAACAGGCAUGCAAAGACUCGAGAGAUGCUUGUUUGCUGCAUGGCUGUUUGUACGAAACGGUUAGUUGAGCUGUUUACAAGCUCCAUCUGUGGCUUGGGAAACAAUAAAAUUGUGUUCAAACCUUCUGAUCCAUCUAAAUUAUCUAUCUUCAGUCAGCGCAUAUACUAUUUUAUCAAUGUUAUUCAGGAGCAUAGUGAUCCAUCAGAGCCUAUAAACAUGCGGAGGGCAGCUGCCCAAUCAGUAGUAGCAUCUGGUUUGCUGGAACAAGCUCAGCAUCUUAGUCCUUUUCUCGCUCAUUACCAACAAGUUCCCGAUGGCAACAAACACAAGGAUGUUCUUAAUGCAUAUGCUCAUAAGAUACUGGAAUCAUGGUUUACUUGCAUAAAGCUGCUAGAGGAUGAAGAUGUUGGACUUAGGAAGCAGCUUUCUCUGGUGAUACAAAAGUGUUUUACCUCUUUAAGUAGCUUUUCAUCCGAAGUAGUUCCCACCCAAGUUGAGAAAGUGAUUGAAAUGAGCUUUGAGCAUCUUUCGUCUACUUUUGGUCAUUGGCUUGACUAUUUUGACUUUCUUUGCCACUGGGUUCUGAGCACUGCAAAAUAUGUUCAUGUGGCAUCAACGGCAGGCCCUGUGAGACGUGUCUUUGACAAGGAGAUUGAUAACCAUCAUGAAGAAAAGCUGUUGAUCUCUCAGAUGUGCUGUUCCCACCUGGAGAAGCUUCCAACUUCAGAAUCCAUCACUAAAUUCUAUGACAGACAUAUCAUUUGGAGUUUCUUGCUGACUUGGAGGGGGAGGUUUUGUCAAGAGUUGAUUUCAUUUGUUAAUGAUUAUACUGUCACUCGCGGAGAAGAUGAUUGGAUUGGUGGCAUCGGUAACCACAAGGAUGCAUUUUUACCUGUUUAUGCGAAUUUACUCGCUUUUCAUGCCGUGUCGAGCUGCAUCAUAAGUAGUGAGGCGGAAGAUAACACCACGUCAAUGCUUCCUGAUCUCCUUAAACUUGGAGAAACAAUGCGGCCAUUCCUUGGGAACCCAUUAAUUUCAGCCCUCUUUCUUUUAGUUGUCAAGUCACAUGAGAAAAUUUCCUCCGGGGCUCUUGAUAGCUUGCGUCUGGAUAUCGGCGCAACUGAUUCUGCCUGGGAUGAUUUUGAUUCUUACUUUUUACUCAGAUGAGAUUCAUUUUGUCCUCAUUGUGUUGUAACAUGUUACCUUUUAAUACAUGGUUUUAUAUGGACUGUUCGCACCAUUAUUUGUCUCCAUCGUUGUGUGCGGGAGUGCCCAAGUCUUCUUAUACUAGGGGCAUUCUUUGGCCGGUCCCAUCGUACUUGGUCAACCCG